AUGACAUUCAAAUCGUUCAUUAUCACAUUCAAAGACAGCGUUCCAGAAGCCGACGCUUCAAAGAUCAAAAACUCCAUUUCUUCUCUGGGUGGUACUAUUGUCCAUGACUAUUCCUUAAUUAAGGGAUUUGCUGUCAAGUUGCCAGAGUCUCUAAAGAUUGAUAAAUUGAAGGAUUUGCACGGUGAUGCUUUCGAAACUAUCGAGGAAGAUAAAGAGGUCAAAGCUUUAUAA